AUGGUGCUCGAGGCUACGCUGAUCUGUAUUGACAAUUCAGAAUGGAUGCGUAACGGAGAUUACGCUCCUUCUCGAUUUCAAGCCCAAGCAGACGCUGUCAAUCUUAUUUGCGGUGCUAAAACCCAGUCUAAUCCAGAAAAUACGGUGGGAGUUCUGACGAUGGCAGGGAAGGGCGUUCGUGUCUUGGUCACCCCUACCAGUGAUUUGGGCAAGAUCUUAGCUUGCAUGCACGGACUAGAAAUAGGUGGUGAGAUGAACCUAGCUGCUGGUAUUCAGGUGGCACAAUUGGCUCUUAAGCAUAGGCAGAACAAGAAGCAGCAGCAAAGGAUUAUUGUCUUUGCUGGAAGUCCUGUUAAGCAUGAGAAGAAAAUGUUGGAGAUGAUUGGUAGAAAAUUGAAAAAGAAUAGUGUAGCACUUGACAUUGUCAAUUUUGGCGAUGAAGAAGAUGAAGGAAAGAAUGAGAAGUUGGAAGCGCUCCUUUCAGCUGUCAACAAUAAUGAUACUAGCCACAUUGUUCAUGUUCCAUCUGGUCCGAAUGCUCUUUCUGAUGUACUAAUAAGUACUCCUAUUUUUACUGGUGAUGGUGAAGGUGGAAGUGGUUUUGCAGCAGCAGCUGCUACUGCAGCAGGUGGUGUAUCUGGAUUUGAAUUUGGGGUUGAUCCAAACUUGGACCCUGAGCUGGCUCUUGCUCUAAGAGUUUCAAUGGAAGAAGAGAGAGCCAGACAGGAAGCAGCUGCCAAAAAGGCAGCAGAGGAUGCUUCCAAACAGGAGAAAGGUGGUGAACAGAAGGAUAGCACACAGGAUACAACAAUGACUGAGGGUGCCAAUGCAUCAGCUUCUGAAGCUGAGACUAAGAAAACUGAUUUGACAGACGAUGAGAAUGAUCUACUACAGCAGGCUUGUCGCCGCCUCCCUGAAAACGGGGGCGCGGUCGGAGCGACGUGA